UCUACACCAAAAAUGGCCUAAAUCAACUUCAAAUUCCAUAUUUGCGUGCUAGUCAUCGAUUUGAUUUUUUAUGUCUCUUCCUUGCUUUGUGGAUGGAAUUGCUAGCAUUAAUAACAACAUGUGCCGCAAUUAUUCGAACCAUAAGCUUUUGUCUCGAUGCAAUGUCCGGUGGACUUGUGCGAAUUUAUAUUUUGGGACGCAACUCUUCAAUUAAUGAACCAUGGCCUGAUGUCCUUGGUAUCGUGAUAGUAUUCAUUAUAAGUGGAAUGUUUAUUCUCGGUUUGGAGAAUUCCAAAGUAUUCACCGUUUUGUUAAUUUCGGGAGUGCUAAGCAUAUCAGGUCUCUUAGCAGUCGUAACAUAUUUGCGGGGGAACAUCGAAACAUGGUUACAUGAUAAUCUCUUCCCAAAAGGACUGUCGGGAAUUUUAACAGGCUCAACACUCUUAACGAUUUCAUUUCCGAAUAAUUUGCCGACGGUUGGACGAUAUCCCAAAAUAAAAGCAGCUUUCUUUUCAAGUGUUGUUUUGAUAUCAAUUUCAUUGAUUUCCGGAUGUUUGUCGACAUUGACACAGAUGAGCAAAUCGAAUGAUUACGAGACGGUGCCAAUUUUAAGGAUUUUGGAGACAAAAGACCUGCACAAGCUGAUACCAGCGAUUGGCUGCUUGUACGUCAUCGCAUGUUCAGCAGCAUUGUUGGAAAUAUUCACUGAAAGCUUUCAGAUUAUCCUUCGAUUGGCGACUUCAGAAUGGAAAAUUCUUCUCAAGCAAAUUAGUUAUGAGAGUCGUGACAGCGGGAGUCCCAUUCUAGCCGUGUUUGUUUGUGGAAGUUUUGUUGGAAUUCUUGCUUUUGCAUGUCCAUUACGUAACAUGACGUAUGUCAUAGCAGGAGGUCAAUUAUCAGCUGGAAUUUUAAGAGCAUUUUUCUUCCUUUAUUCACCAUUUCGUCCCAAAUCAAUGAAUCCAAUAAGUAAGUUGUUAAUUUAUGUUAAUGAGUUGAAAAUAAUUCAAAUUAAAAUCAUUUCAGAUGAUUCCACGCAAUCUUAUUCUCGUUUAGCUUCGGGGAAUUCCGAAAGGCCAAAGACUUCACUUCCUAAACGAACCAGCAUGUGGUUUCGUAAUAAAGCUGUUCCAUCGCUGAGUAGUCAGAGCUUGUCAAACAUGAUUUCAAAGAAGAAUCGAAGUAGUAAUGGAAAUGAAGAAGUUGAGAAAGAAUGGCUGCUGCUUGGUGAGCCUUCGUCGCCAGUUAAUAAGUUUGAUUCAGAACCAGUCAAUGCUGAAUCAUCGAUUUUAAAUGACGAAACUACUUCGGAUGUUGACUGUAUUGCAAAGGAAGAAGGUUCAGAUUCAGAGUCUGAGGAAGACAUCGACUCAAUUGUAGAAGAAUUUCAUCAGAAAGUUAAAGUAUCGACAGCUGGUUUAAAAGAUUCCACAAUGAAAGUUCCAUCGAUGAGUUCAUGGAGAACUGCUACAUGUUCAAUCAUUGUAAUUACUGGAAGUGCAGUAAUAGCUUCUAUCAGCAUAUCCUACGAACUUCUCGUUCCUUUAUGUCUUUCAAUUGGAGUAACUUUUGUGACAAGCAUUUUAAUGCUUUGGAUACCGCGAUACACAUACACACACGAAACACCGUCAACUAUGACAUGUGCUUUCUCUCUCACCUUCAAUUUUAUUCUGAUGUCUGUAAUGAUGUUUGACAGUUGGUGUGCAAUAAUUUUCUGGAUAUUUUCUGGAAUUAUUCUUGCAUUACAAUCAUUAGUUAAAUGCGAUGUGUGGUGUUGUUUGUGUUUAGAUUAUCCACACGAAUCAUCGCAACAUUCAAUAUUGAUCGAGGAAAGUUUAAUUCCAAAUGGCUCGUCAUCUCGUGCGGCAUCGACUUUGAUUCGUUUAAAAAAUCCACCGGUUGGAUCAUCGGUUAUAAAUCAUGUACAAUCCAGGAGAUGACACAUUGACAGCAGUGAUUCGGACACCGAUGAAUACGAAGAAGACACUGUCGAGGAGUGGACUGAAUGAAGAAGUAUUAAGCGAAGCUUAUAACUUGUGAUAAUCAAGAUGAAAUCAUAAAUCAAAGUGCUUUUAAAUGUAGAGGGUAACGAUGCUUGUAUUUAAGCUUGACAAGAGCCAAAUGCGUGUAAGCUGUAAGGUAAUCUAGUCAAAAAAUAUUUAUCACAAAUGUCUCAGAAUUUGACGUUUCGAUACAUCGAAAUUAAAAUGUCAAUUCACUUUUUUCUUUCUCUUACUUAAAUCCAAACACAAUAUUGCUCAAUUCUCACUUACAAAGUCAUUCAAAUCAAACAAAAAAGAGAAAAUCAAUAUUUAUUUGAAAUUCGAAAACGAUAAAUGUGAUAAAUUUUAUUCGUCUUACUUCUUCACGUCGUCAAAUCAAAAUAAGAAUCAAUUUUCUGGUGUCAAUUUUCAUGAUGAAUAAAAUGAAUGUUUGUUAAUUAUCAAAUAAAUUUUACGAUGUGAUGACAAAGAUAUGUGAGAAAUUUAUGUAUAAUCAAAAGAGAUCUUAAUAAAGUCAAAUUAUAAUCAAA